AUGAAUAACACAGUUGAAUCACUUUUAGCUGAAAUUGAAGCAGUUACUGAAGUCGAUGAAGUUUUCGAUAUUGCCGAUCGAUUGGAAUUAGAUGUUGAUGGAGAUGAUUUCUCAUCAUUAAAGAUUCAAGUUAAGCAGCAUUUACUCCAACUGCUGUCCGAUACAGAUCAAACUACGUAUCUAGAAGAGGUUAAGAAGGUAAAUGCUGUAAGUGUUGAUGACAAUGAAGCUAGAAACACAUUAUCAAAACUUUACGCAAGUAUUAAAGCCCUAGCGGAGAAGUUUGAUAAAUCGUUUGCCGGUGGAAGCAACUAUCCUUGUAAGGAAUACGUGGAAGAUAUGCAAAGUGAUUAUUCCUUACUAUUGGAAGAAUUUAAAUAUCCAAUUCUUGUUACGGGUGAAACUAGCGCUGGGAAGUCUUCCUUACUAAACUAUCUACUUGGCGUUGAUUUAUUAUCGGUUCACACACUAAGUUGUACUAAUAGAAUAUGUGAAAUAACGUACGGAGAAGAGCCAAAAAUUAAAUUGGUAAAUGCCUACGAUGGCAAAGUGUUCUAUACUGAAAGUUGGACCGCAGACAAUAAGGACAUUGCUAUAAAAGAAAUUCAGUCUCUAAUAUCUGAAAGGGAAACUCUGCAAGGCUCUAAUAGUAAUCAUGAAAUGAAGUCAAGUGAAGACGCACCUUAUUCACUAGUUAGAAUAUAUUGGCCAUCUGAAUUUCUUGAGAGUGGCAUACUGGUCGUUGACAGUCCAGGAAUUGGUGAGAAGAAAGAAGUACCGCACGCCUUGAGAAGCUACAUUUUUAGAGCUGUUGCGUACAUCAUUGUCGUCAAUUCUGCCAAUGCUGGAGGAAUUCAGGCAGCUAGGCUUCAAAAAUUACUACAACAAAUAUCAGGUGUGCUAAGAAAUGAUGGGUAUUUAAAUUUUAAUCCUUCUAUGGCACUAUUUAUAUGUAAUAAAUGGGAUACUGUAGCCGUACCGGAAAGAGAGCUUGUAAAAACUGAUAGUAUCACCAAGUUGAAGCGGUGCUGGCCAGAAUUGUUGAUGGCUAGAGCCGCCAAUAAUAAUGCAUUGGUACCACCCGAAGUUGUGCAACUAUUCGAAAUGCUUCGUGAUUUGAUUCCUAUUAGUCGAAAACAGAAAUUAUCGAAAUCCUACAGCUUUAUGGCUGCUUUCGUUGAAGGUGUACAAGAAACAUGUCGAUGUUAUCUUCUGAGGGCAAAAUCAAUGGAGAGCGAACUAAAGGAAGAUAAAUCAAGAUUAAAACUAUUGGAAACAACAACGCAAAAGUGUAUGAAAGAAUUAGUUACGGAAAAAAAUGCAUUAAUAAACGCUCUCAUUGCAAAGUAUCGGAAAUUUGUUGAAAGUCUGAAUAAUGAAUCCAUAGUAAGUUGGUCGGAAAAUGACCUUUUAGAUGAAGAAUUUGAUGAAGAUAAUUUAAUGAAAUUACAAGAACAUGCCGUUCUUAAAGUUAGGCAACGCUUAAAUAAUCAUUUAGAACUUGUUGCACAAGAGAUACAUGAAGAUCUUCAGAUAGCAAAAGACUUAUUGUUAGAAAAAUUUACCACGAGACUUGAUGAAAUUUUUGAUCAGACUCAGUCAAAAUUAGUUGAAUCAGCUGAUAUCGAAAAUGAUACACAAACGAAUGACUUCUACUUAGAUCCAAGAACUGGGUAUUCGAAAUUCUCAGAAUUAUACGGAUUAUACGAUGUAUGGACUAAUAUGACCGCGGCAAGGAGGGCUGCAUUUAUCCUUACAAGUCCUGUAUGGGUGGCCCCAGCAUUCAUAGCUAGCCCUAUCUACUAUAUUACAAAGUUGGUGAAAACCCGAAAUCAACAAGAAGAGAUUCAGAAAUUUAAACAAAACAAACCUGAAGAAAUGAAAGCUAUCACGCUUCUAAUUCUUGACCAUAUCGGUUCAGAAAACUUUGCAAGAAAAUUUGUUGUUGAGAAAUUUGAUUCAUUAGCAACUUCUCUACUAAACAGUGUUAAAAGUACAAUACUAAAAUCUUUGCAAAGUAGAAUUGAUACCAUUAAAACGGCUUUAAAGGAUAAACGAUGCCCUAAAGAAAUCAACAAGCUUUAUAAACCGCUCAAAGAAGAUGCUCGAAAACUAUUAAUAAAUUUAAACAACUUUUACUUACAAGAAUUAAGUGAAUCAUCGAUUAAAUUCAAAGAUCUACAGGGAUUCAAUGAAGAAUCUACCCCACUGUCAUUAGGAUUAAAAGUAAAAUUAUAUCGGGCAACGCUGCACAAAAAUGAUGAAGAAAAGAACGUUAUUAUACAAGUCCCUGUUGACAAAUCUAUGCGUGAUAUGCAUGAAUUUGUCAGUAAUUGCCAGAUUAUCAGUACUCUGGAAUCGCAAAAUGUCUUGAAAUUUUUAAGUAUCUGCUAUACUCCACCACCAACAAUAACGGCAAUUGGAAUUUUCGAAAAUUGUAAUUCAACCCUUCGAGACUUGAUCUUAUACAAUGAAACAAUUGUUAGUGAAAGCGACUCAGAUACUAUUCGUUUCAGAAAGAUUUAUUCCAUGGUUAAUCAAAUUAUACAAGGCAUCGUAUAUUUACAUGCGAAAGAAUUGAUUCAUGCCCACUUAACGACUGAAAAUGUAUUGGUUUCGUUAGACAAAGAUCAGCACAAAUUAAAGCUGUGCCAUGCAACGAAACAAUGCACACUCUACGAAGACAUUGAUUUUGAAGAGUCAAUAAUCCCCUAUUUGGCCCCUGAAGUUUUAAAAAGCUAUUAUUAUAAAGAGGCUUCAGAUGUCUACAGCUUUGCAAUAUUGUUUUGGGAAGUUUGGUACUGGAAAUUGGUGACUAAUUUGUUUGACUGGAAUACUAAUACCUGCCAUAGUCAAAAAAUAAGCGAUCUGUUCAAAAUGCAUAAACUUACUCCUAAACCUCAUAGAAAUGUAGACGGAAUAUGUUUAGAUUCCUUGGCUAUUAAUCCCAAUGAAAGACCAGAUAUUAUUUCUUGGCAUGAUAUUUUAGAAGAUAUUACGAAGAAUCUUCAAUAA